GGUUCUUCUUCGAUAUCGGACCAACGGUACAUAUUUCUAGGUGGUGAGCGUGUGGCAUGGGGCGUGGAGACCGCUGCUGUGAAAGUAACUUCAUACCUAGACGAUAAAGCAGAAAAGUAUCGAUCUGGUCUGGCUCCUGCCGAAAAACCUAUGACUAUAAAUCCGGCACUCAAAGGAAGUUUAGUGUAUAUGCAUAAAGGAUCAAAGCUGGUGGCGAAAUGCACUCGAUAUCUGUUGGACAAAAUUGGAGAUGUGGGAAUAUCUAUUGGGAAGUCAUUAGCAAGUGGUGCGGAGAAAACUUUGGGUAAAGGCAGUGGUGGUGGACUCGUGACUGGAGCAAUCUGUGAGUUUACUCUGUACUCGGAGGUGACCGUUCAAAGUGUCAAGAUAAAGUACGGAGAUGAAGCUUCGGAAGCAGCUCACCACGCCUUAUUUGCUGCUGGGCACACAUCUCUAGCCGCUGCUCAGCUUUGGGAUCUUGGACCUCGCAGUGUUGCUGGUCGGGUAGCAAGACGUGCCGGCGUCCAGUUGGUAAAAGAUCUUCAUGAAGUUCGCGCUGGAGAGGCGCUGCCAGUGAAAAUGAGGAUGAAGGACGACGAAAAAAAGAAUAAAUAG